AUGGCUAGCACUGGAGCUGUCAGCGCCCGCCGGCGCGCUCAGGCCAUCUGCCUCCGCCGCGAGCUCUUCCAUGCAGCCACCCUUUCGGGAGUGUGCAACGUUCGUCCUUAUAAGACCAAGCGUUCUUCGGGCCUCUGCACCUUCAAUCUGCUGUCCAACUGUGACUUCAAAGCUUCCAUCUUCGUGGCCUUAAUCUGUGUCCUCGUCUGCACAUUCGCCCCUCAGCUCUUCCUCGAUCCUUGCUCACAGGCUGAAUCUGCAACGCUCGAUAAAAUCCCGCUAUUGACCAAGAUGGCUCCCUCUGUGUCCGACGUGCGGCCCAGCGCCACUUCUGCACCGGUCAGCAAGCUUGCUCAGACCACCCCGGACGACAAGACGACCGAGGACCCGCGCGACGACAAUCUCCGUCGCGCCAUUGCAUCUCACACUUUUGGCGGUGCUGCCAACCUGCGAGACGUCUUUACCAACCAAGAAGGGCGCCAGCAGAGGUGCGCUCGGCUGCUGCUGCUCGAGUUGGUGGCCGGUCCGGUCAUCCGUUGCUCUUUCGGCAUGCCAGCCCUCGGCGAAUUGCUCAUCCCGCGCGCCGUCAUGCGACUGCACCUGGCAGCGUCUAGGCGUCCGGACUUCUCCGCCGGGGACGACCGGAAGCAGAGAUGCAGAUGUUCCGCAAGGUCAUUGGACUUUCCGCCCACCCCCACCUUGCCGCGGCUGCACGCAUUUUUUGUGGGGAUGCUCGGCAGGGGGAAAAAUUGGGCGGUGGGUCUGAUUGGGUCUCGCCUAGUACAUUCGCCGGUCAAUACCACUUUUGACACGGCGUUCUUCAAAGCACCCGGCAUGGCCCUUGCGCAGUCGUAUUCGUGCCCGGCAUCCCAAAAAGACUUUGCUCUGGCACGUCCCCAAGCUGCAUGUCGGGAGCAACCAUUUGCGCCGACGGUCGGGAGUUGGCUCGGAGGCGGGCCCAACAAGGGCGCGCUUUUCGAGGUUAUCUCUCCCUUCUUUGUCGAGCCUCUAGAUAAGGUGCGUGGGUCGCCCGACUCGGCCCACAUCUGGGAUGUCCCGGCUAGCUCUUCAGCUUUACCGGCUUGCGUCUUGCUUUCCACCCACCUCCUCGUCGUCCAUAGAAUGAUUUCGUCGCCAUCUCGUUCCCUAAGUCGUGGCCUGCGCCGCGCCGCGGCCCAGUGCAGUCAUGCCGAGGCCAGAGCGGGCCCAUCCGUAUCGCGACCGACAGCUUCGACAUCGUCCCGUUCCACAUCCCCAAGACGCUCGUCUUCGGCUUCCGCAGUCUCGUUCUCCACGUCUUUGUCUCGCUCAGAUCGUCUCGCUGACCAUCGCAUCAUCUCGGAUCCGUUCCCAAAUCAAGACACCGGCUUUUCCUAUGAGAAGCGCGACCAGCUGGGCCUGCGCGGACUCCUUCCCCCAGCCAAGCAGAGCCUCAAUACCCAGGUACUCCGCGUUCUGCACCAGCUCCGCAGCAAAUCCACACCGCUCGAGAAGCACGUGAUGCUCGCCUCGCUGCGACAGACCAACACUCGUCUCUAUUACGCCACCAUCCUGGCCAACAAGGAGGAGAUCCUCCCUCUCAUCUACACGCCCACCGUCGGAGAGGCGUGCCAGAAGUUCUCGCACAUUUACCGUCGUCCCGAGGGUCUCUCGAUCUCGCUCGAGGACAAGGGCAAGAUCGCCAACAUCGUCGAGAACUGGCCCGUGCCUGCGGGCGCGCCGCGCAUUGCUGUCGUCACCGAUGGCUCGCGCAUCCUCGGUCUCGGCGACCUCGGAUGGAACGGCCAGGGCAUCUCGAUCGGCAAGCUCUCGCUCUAUGUCGCCGGUGCCGGUAUCCACCCAAGAGCCACACUGCCCAUCGUGGUCGACCUCGGCACGAACAACAAGAAGAUGCUCGAGGACCCGCUCUACCUCGGCCUGCGCCGCGAGCGCGCCUCGACCGAGGAGUACAUCGAGUUCAUGGACGAGGUCAUGGACGCCCUUCACACCAAGUAUCCCAACCUCAUCAUCCAGUUCGAGGACUUUACGUCCGAGAACGCCUUCCGCUUCCUCGAGCGCUACCAGGACAAGUACCCCAUGUUCAACGACGACAUCCAGGGUACCGGCAGCGUCAUUCUGGCCGGUUUCACCAACGCCGCGCGCAUUGCAUCCAAGGAGAGCGGCCGUCCUCUGCACGACCACCGCAUCCUGAUGGCUGGCGCCGGCUCGGCUGCCGUCGGCGUGGGCAAGCAGCUCAUGUCGUUCUUCACGCGCCAGGGCCUGUCCGAGGACGAGGCGCGCUCGCGCAUCUACAUCACCGACUCCAAGGGUCUGGUGACCGCCGACCGCGGCGACAAGCUGCCGGAGCACAAGGUCUUCUUUGCCCGCGACGACAACGCGGGCAGGCAAAUCAAGGAUCUCGCCGAGAUUAUCGACUAUGUCAAGCCGACGGCGAUCCUGGGUCUGUCGACGGUCAAGGGCACGUUUGACGAGACGGUGAUCCGCAAGAUGGCCACGCUCAACAAGAGGCCCAUCAUCUUCCCGCUGUCGAACCCGACGGACAACUCGGAGUGCACGUUUGAGGAGGCGGUCAAGUUCACCGAGGGCCGCGUGCUGUUUGCUGCCGGCUCGCCGUUCCCCGAGAUCGAGGCGGGCCAGUCGCCGACGGGCAAGCGCAUGAUUCCGGGCCAGGGCAACAACUUCCUGGUCUUCCCCGGUAUCGGUCUGUGCGCUGCACUGUGCAAGGCGUCGCGCGUGACCAACGAGAUGAUCACCGAGUCGGCGCUCGCGCUCUCGGAUGCGCUCAACGACGAGGAGCGUGCCGAGGGCAGGCUGUACCCGAACACGGAGCGCAUCCGCGAGAUCUCGCGCGACAUCGCCGUGCGCUGCAUCCAGAUGGCCAACAAGCAGGGCGUCACGCGCGACAACGGCAAAACCGCCGCCAUGGACGAGGAGCAGCUCCGCGACUGGGUCCAGGGCGAGAUGUGGACCCCCGUCUACGGCACCCACGAAGACGCCUAG